AUGGUUAAUUCAGCAUAUCCUAUUCCUGAUGGCUUCACUGAAACUGAAGUCUUCACCAUUGGUACAAUCCUGCUGGUUGAAGCUCUGUUUGGAUUCUCUCUGAAUGUGUUGACCAUUGUUGCUUUCUGGAGGAUCAAGGAGAUUCAAACCCCUGGCAACUUCCUGGUACUCAACCUCGCCUUGUCUGAUUGUGGCAUUUGUAUCAACGCUUUCAUCGCUGCUUUCUCCAGCUUCUUAAGGUAUUGGCCCUACGGCUCUGACGGCUGCCAAAUUCAUGGCUUUCAAGGAUUUUUAACCGCCCUAACAAGCAUUAAUUGUGCAGCUGCAAUUGCAUGGGACCGAUAUCAUCAGUAUUGCUCCAGGCGAAAGUUACAGUGGAAUUCCGUAUUCUCCUUCGGGCUGUUUGCUUGGUGUUUCGCUGGCUUUUGGUCUGCAAUGCCCCUUUUGGGAUGGGGGGCAUAUGAUUAUGAGCCUCUGAGGACCUGUUGCACUUUGGACUAUACCAAAGGAGACAGAAAUUACAUCACGUUUCUUAUUCCUCUGGUGCUGUUCAAUUUUGUGAUCCCAAUUUUCAUCAUAUUAAUGUCCUAUCAAUCCAUUGAUAACAAAUUCAGGAAAACAGGACAGCUGAAGUUUAAUACUGGUUUGCCAGUGAAAUCUUUGGUCCUUUGCUGGGGUCCAUACUCAGUUUUAAGUAUUUAUGCUGCAGUGGAAAACGUGGCACUCGUCUCACCCAAAAUCUUAAUGAUUCCUGCUCUUAUCGCCAAGACUUCCCCAACCAUGAAUGCCUUCAUUUACGCCUUGGGGAAUGAGAAUUACCGAGGAGGAUUGUGGCGGUUUCUCACAGGAGAAAAAAUUGAGAAACCCAAAACUGAUGACAAAAUUAAUUAA